AGCGAUGUGAAGGAAUAACUAGAAGGAUAUGGAUAAAGCUAAAAUAUUUGUCAGAGUUAGAGGCUUGAAUAGUAGUGAGAAAGAAAAGGGAGAAGCGAAAGUUGUUAAAUAUGGAGACGACAAAGUUAUUGUCGAUGACAAGACUUACCAACUGACUGGAUUUGGCCCUGAGGUCAGCAAUGACCAGUUCUACAAAAGCUCUUUGCAAAACGCCAUAAUUCAGGGAAUUUCCAAAGGUAUCAACACUGGUUUUAUUUGUGUUGGUGAAAGUAAAAGUGGCAAAUCUACAUCUCUCGGGGUAGCUAAUUCUCCAGCUGGUCCGGGUUUAGUGGCGCUGAUUGCUGCGUCAAUAUUUAACCAUGUUGAAAAACUAAGUCACUUUGUGGGUGUGUCUUAUCUCAAUAUUUACAACGACAAGUUCGCUGACUUGUUAAAUCCGGCUGAUAAGGAUUUGAAGGUAAAGACACAAGCAAAUCUAGGAGUGUACGUAGAGCAUUUAUCGGAACUCUCUGUGAAGUCAACUGCUGAUCUGAUGAGAUUGUAUGAUCAAGGUAAUAAAGUGAGGAAGAUUGUAGAACUGGAGAUGAACACUCCGGCAACUAAAUCCCACACAAUCUUCACUAUAUCCUGCGAGUACCGGAAUUCAGAACAGAACCUGGUCAGGAGCCAGAUUCAGUUUUAUAAUGUGGCGGGUCUGAAUCACUCCAAAGACCAGGGUGUCUCAAAUAGUAUCAAGUCUCUGGAGACACUGAUAUCUGAGUGCGCCUCUUCGCAGCAGCCCACAGGAUUUAGUGGAAGCAAGCUAACACAACUACUAAAAUCUGUAAUGGAUAAGACUGCUUACCUUACUGUUCUAGGACAUGUUUCCCCAACUGCUAAAAGCGUAGAUACUACGGGAAAGACCCUGGAAAUGUUGACAAAAUGUCUGACCAUCCAACUGGCACCUAAACCAAAUACUCUGGAUACUCAACAGCUGAUCGAGGACCUGAGGAAGAGAGUUGCUGUGGCUAGGGAUGCGAUAACUUCCCAAUCUUCCGUCAAUAUUGACAAGGAGCACAUAUUAGAGCUGGACAACAGUCUGUCGUCCCUCUCUGCCGCCAAGCGGUUACAAUGGGAUGUACGCGAGCGAGAGAGCGCGCUUGCGGAAGAACAGCGCCGGGAGACCCUUGCUGAUCAGGGUGUCCUGGAGUGGAUCACUAAAACUGCUGGCCAGAUCAACAACAACUCAAGCUCUGUUUUGCUCCUGCAGAAGGAUAAGGAGAAUCUUGUGGCGGAAUACAAGAAGCAGCGAGAGAUAGUAGACGGUUUGAAGACUGAACUACAGUCCAGUAUCAGUACGCAUACUUCUUUAGCUGAGCAGCCCAAUCAGUCAGAACCUGUUCUUCAAGGCAGUCUUACGAAGAUUCACAAGUUACGAGAUGAGUUAAAAACAGGAAACAAUAAGUUGAGAGAUCUAAAGAAGGAUGUUAAGGAAGCUCAAGAUAAACUUAAGUUGGAAAGAACGCAGAGUUCUUCGACAGAGCUAGAAACGUCAGGAAACUUCGCUCUGACACUCAUGAUGAAGAAAGACCAAAUAACUCACCUAAAGCGAGAUAACCAGCAAUUUCUAGACGAGGAAAAGGAACGCCUUCAAACCGACUCUGUCCAGGAAACUGCCGAGAUAAAACUGUCAGCUACUCAAGGAAACACUCUGACUCUAGAGCAUAUUGUCAAGAUUCAGGAACAGCACGUGCAACAAGGCGCGCAGCUCUCACAUCUUGCACUGCACGUGCAGUGUCUACAGGCUGAGAAUGAGAAGUUAUCGGAAGCAAUGGAGGCACUCAACUCUGCCCAUAGGGUGGAAACAGAAACACAAAAAGCUAGAAACUUGCUCACUUUUCGACAGUACAAGGAUUUCUACGAAGAGGCAAAGGCUGCAACCAACAGUAAAUUCCAAGAUCUCUUGAACUCCUGUAUUCAGGAUUGUGUCUUCCUCUCUUCAAAAAACGCUGAACUCACAGAGGAGAAUACUGAGCUAAAACGAAAGCUAAAACAUUACAACUGAGUUUCUUUGAAGUGUUAGGAUUUUGACAAACAAUAUUUUAAAGAUGCUUUUUAACUUGAAUUUAGUAACUGGUAGCUAGUUAUGAAGUAUGAAAUCGACAAGCAGUAAUGAUGGUAUUGAGCCGCAGUCACCCAAAACAAUGAAGUGUAGAAUCUUAAGAUUGAUGAUUAUGAAAACAUAAAAACGACGUAUCUCGAGGCGACCCACUUGUGACUCGACUUUUUGCGGCCAUCCACAAGGGAGUAUCACCUCAAUAAAUGGAAAAGAUUGUGAGUGUUCAGUGUUGCAAUUAUGUUAAAAGAGGAGGAUACGUUGGUAAUCGAGACUCAAUCGAUCAUGUUCCUGCAAAAAUUAUAAACAUUAUCUGAAAUUAUCUAUUCGUGUUGUUAGAGUUUUUAUUAGAAUUAGUUAACAAUAACUAUUAUGUAUAAUUUUUUGACAUUUCUAAUAUUAUAAUCUAUGCCUUUUUCAACCCUCGACCGUUCCCUUGUUAUAUUAACUAUUUCACCUUGCUAUAUUUAACUCCACUGUAAGG